ACACCCUUUUAUUUUCGAUCGUCUUUUGUGCAUUAAGAACAACAGCUGAGUUAUUUGUUGUGUUUGUGCAUGAUUUUGGCGAGCUUAGCGAGUGUUUGUUUAGCGUAUAGUGAUUAAUUUUUUGUUUAGAAUUUGUUUGUGAAAAUAAUGAGUACGUCUAAGAAUAUCGCAUUUACGCAAGCUGACAAACACAUUUUGUUUGAUCUUAUAAAGAAAUAUAAGCAUGUUGUGGAAAACAAGAAAACGGACUCCGUUUCAAAUAAUGACAAAAAAGCCACGUGGAAGGUAAUAGCCUUGGAGUUCAACGCCCGUAAUGUCACGACUAAAAGAGAUGAUGGCCAGUUGAAAAGGUGUUGGGAAAAAACCAAAACAACAGCAAGGAAGCAUCGCCAGACUGAAAGGCUUCACGCAAUGGCAACAGGCGGUGGUAAAGCGUUUGUUUCCCCACCUCAGAUGGAGGAAAUAUCAACUGUGGUGUCCUCUAUCCAGCCAUAUUUUGAUUUCGAAGUAGUGUCCGAAUGGGAUAGCAAUGCAAUCCACCUCCUGGAUGCCAGGGCUGACUCAAGUGCCGCAGCUGUCUCUGCAGAAGUGGCUGAACUGGAUGAAGUCGCAGAUGCUCCAGACAGCCCAUCACCAAUUCAUGGAGCUACUAUGCCUGCUUCAUCACAGAACUUGAAUAAUACAGAUGGAAUAUUUCCUGCAAAAUUACCAGUUAGCAAGAAGGGCUCCUUUUCUGUCAAGUCUACACAAAUGGUUGAGGCUGAAGUUAAGAAGAGGAUCGAACAAAUUGAUGAGGAGAUUAGGAUGCUCCGAGAAAGUCAUGCAGCGAAACUGAAACAGAAUGCUGAGUUGCAUGCUGCAGUGAUGAGGCAAAAUGCAGAAAUACAUGCAGUUAAACUUGCCAGGGAACAAUUUUUGUUGCGCCAGUUGCAAACACAUGAGUGUAAAAACACAGAAAAUGAUUUGUAGUCCUCUUAUAAAUAAUGUAAUUUUGUAUCUAGAUGGGUCGUAAUUGUUUAAUUAUGUAUUUGGGUUUCAGUCUGUUUGCAUAAAAAGAAAAUGGUAUAUAUUCAUAUGUUUUUGAUUGCAAAACCAGUUUGCACCAAGUGCAUGAUUACAAUUUGAAGGGCUAGAUGUUGCAGCACUUUAUGAAAACAUCUUGUUUAUGGUGAAAUUAGAAUAAAAAAACAAAACUUAAUUUUUUUUAAAGGUGUUACAUAAGUAAGACGGCUAUGCAUGUAACUAAUAAAUUAAUUAUUACAUGUGAAAUUUUUAUUUUACAUGUCACGGAACUUGAAAUUGGUAAGGGGAAGGCAGGAAAUUUACUUUAAAAAAUGGAAAUUCCUCAGUUAUAGUUAUUUAAAGCAAAAAUCUUAUGUUCCGGUGUGCCAUCAUACAGACUAAAUCAGUUUGUUUUUCCAGAGAGAGCAGUCGCACCCUUCCCCUGUAAAAUGGUGUAUGAAAGGUUCUGUUUGAACUAGUACAAGCUAUAGGGAUGGCUGAGACUGGAUUUCCAUUAUUUCUUUAAGAAAUUGCAAAAUAUGUAGGUAAAUUAUUUUUAAAUUUUCAUUAGGGAAAUUUGUAAUUUUGGUCAUGGAAAUUUUUUAUUUAGAUUUUUAUAGAGAUCCUGAUAGUUAUUUUUGCAAGUUGUUAGUACAUUAAAAAAACUGCAAAUGAAAUAAGCAACAGUAAGCUAUUUCUAUAUCUAGAAAAGUAAUUAGAAUUUUAAUUUUCUUUUUUUCAGUAAAGUUUAUCAUAUAAAAAAAUUUUUGCCUUUAUAAUCACUAUGUUAAAAUUUCUUUUUUUUCUACAAAGUACAGAUACAUAAAUAUUUACACUUAAGCAAUACUAUAAACUUAUUUUUAAAACAUACAGAAAAGUGGCACGAAGUACAAAUUUUCCCACUAAACAUGUGAAAAUAACAGCGGCUGCAACAAUCCUAAUAUUUAAUACAUAAUUGUAUUGUCCAUUACUUGGCUACCCUGCUUAAUGUUAUGACUUUCAGGUUAGUAACCUAAACUUGUAUUGACAUAUUUCUGGUGUAUCUCAAAACAAGCUCAUUUUAAAGUACUAAUUCUACAAGAGAACUAAAUCAAAUAGAUUUCCAACUACUUUCUUAUUUAGGAAGUGUUCUAUAAACUUUUGGAACAAUUGUAGAACUUAAAACUACUAAACACACCAUAUAGUCUCUUGUAUUCCAAAAUGAUCCAAUUAAAAACAUUUUCUCAUACUCCAUGCAGCAAUGUUUUUAACUCAUUAUGCAUGGUUUUUAUUAAUCUUUCCUUUGGACCAAGCAAGUUUUGAAUUCUUUUAUAUUUAAAUCCCUGGUAUGAUUAUUGUUGAUCUCACUGAAAAUUGUUUCAGCCAAAAGUUGUAGAUUAUGUUCAAGAUACUUUGAUAUUAUGCAUACCAAAUAUUUAUCUUUCAACUAUUGUUAUCUCCACCUUUUGCAUUAAUAGUUGGUAACAUAAAAACUAAGUUUAGACAACAGUGUUAAGAAAGUUUUUCAACCUCUUUCAGUAAGUUUCUCUUAUUAAAAAUUAUUUCAGACCAAAGUUUUCAAUAAUUUUUAGAAGAGUUACAGUUAAUUGCUAUAGAUUUUAUAGUUUACUUAAUAGGGGAGGUUAAGAAAUUUUUUUGUCCUUUGCCCCCUGUUAUUUUCAACCACUUUCAGCAGUGGUUUGUCUAUCAAAUAAUUAUUUCAGACCAAAAAAUUGUACGAUUUUAAGCUGUGUAAUGCCUCACCUUGCCUGGCUAGCUGAAUUUUUUAGAAUUGUGUGCACAUUCAUGAACACUUGCAUAAAUUAAUAAUGCAAUGAAAAAUUUGUUUAGGUUCCAAGAAACAUAAUUUAUGUCAAUGAAUGGUUAUGGAAAUUACAUAUCUCAGACACCAUUUUCUUAUCACUAUUUUUUUUAUUUAUGCCUGUCACAAGUCACUACUAUCGCCAUAUGCGACCAUGGUACAGAUACACAUCUAAAUAAUAUUUAGAUUGCACAAAACAUGUUCAAAGUCUCCAAAACACCAAUUGACUGUUCAAGGUUCUGAAAAUUGAAUAGCAAGAUGGCUUGCCACUCAUGGUACAAGCUGAUGGACCAUGUCCUCAGAACAAUGGCGAAGUCAGUCGUGAAUUGUUUAGGGCUAAUACCUGCAACUGGGUCGAUGAAUUUAAAAUACAGUAUCAAAAAGAAGAAAAAAAGGUUGAAUGUGACAGAAAGCUGUGACCACAGCCGUGAAAUUUACUUCUCAGCUCUCAUAAAUAUGCUGUUUCAAAACUUCGACUAGUUCCAGAGGCUUUUCUCACGUAUCCAGAACACACUGUCUUAUGGCACACAAUAGCAUCAGCUCGUGAACAAAGAAAACUGGUCAUGGUGAAAAAAAAUUUACAACAAAAUUUAUGCUAACAAGCAUUUACAAAUAAAGAACAAGCAAGCAAUACUUUAAAAAAAACAUUAAACCACUUAAAAUGUAACUACACAACUAAACAAACACAAAAAAUAACUAAGUGACUUAUACACCACAAAACAAAUUCAUCACAAAUACUUAACACCAUGAAAUAAUGUAAAUUAUAAUCAUAAAAUAUGGCAAACACGCAAAUACUUCUUAAAAGGUAAAAAAAAAGUUAUUUAAAUGAUCUCAGAAACCAUAGCCAUCACACUGAAUUUAAUCUUUAAACAUAAAAAACCUUAAUACCCUAAGAUGUUUAAAAUUUUGGGAGGGCUGUAAAUUGGGUUAUUACAGGUUUAACAAUAAAUAUGAAUGGAUUUAAUACUGUUCAUUGUACAGAAAUUAUACAUUAUUUUAUUCUACCUGUUUUUUUUUAAUCCUUUGCAGAAGUGGUGUUAUCAAAAAAAUUUCAGAUAAAAAUAAUAUAAUAUACAAACAAUUCAAAUGAACUUUGUAGUGUGCCCAAAAAGGGUGUUUCGAUUAUUUUUUUUCUGCCUGCCAGCCCGUUUUUUUAUACUCCUUGAAGGCACAGUUAGUCAUAUAAAAAAAUUUAAAUUAAAUACUUUCCUGAGUUGUAACUUGAUACAUACUUGUUAUAAGAAAAGAAUUAUAGCAAAUUUUCAGUUUUUAAAAUAAAUUUCCCCAUUCCUACCCCUUUAGUGUAAUUUUUCCCAUUAACAAACUACUGAGAUUUUUCAUUACUAUAUUUUAUGUAUAAGUUUUUGAAAGAGAUUAGUGCAAACUUACAGUAGUUAUUGUCUUCAUAAAAAUCUGAUAUGCAUAUUUGUAUAAACUUAUUAGUUGACGAUGGGUUUGGAUCUGUAAACCAUGAAAUGAAAGGCUAAAUAAAAUUUUCCAGUGGUAACGGCUUAAAGAGACAGCCUUCCUUCAAAAUAUACCUAAAAGGAUAUCAACAAAUAUAAUAAUGAUAAAAUAAAUAUGAACCACAGCCUUACUACCUUAUAACAGACUGAAAAAAGUAAAAGUAAUUUAUAUGUUUCACACUUGGUGUCCACUAGAUCUAAGAACAAAUUUCUUAAAAUACACCUGUAAUGAUUCUUGUAUGCAUCACAUGUGAUCAGAUAAAUGUAAGUUUUAAUUUAAUCUAUUGAAUUAUUUACUUUUAUAGUUAAAAACUUUUCGUUUUCCACCGCAGAACAAUAGAUGUACAUUCACUAGUGGUAAUUUUAACAGCUUGUUGAAAAAAAAGUACAAUACGGUCCAAAUACCUGCAUGUUAUCAAAUAAAUAGAAUGUGACAUUACAGUGCCUGGGCCUAUACUGUUAACCAAAGAAAGGUUUUCACUGUUGCAUUAAUUAUCAAGAAAAUAAUGCAAACAAUUCAAUUGUAGAUCCUAAGAUUAAAAUCUUACACUACAUGGUAAUGUUACUAGUAUGUUACAUUAAGACAAUUAUAGAUUGAAAUUUGUUACAGGUCCCACAUUAUUUUAAAAUAUGAAUUUGUUGUAAUUAGAUAUUCUUAAAAUAUGGAGGUGAACAAAAAGUCUUACAUAUAUUGUUUCAUAAGAGAUAUAGACUUCCAUUGUCCCUAUGACAGGUUAACCAGCUGAGAAAUGUAAAUAGUAUAUUACAGAUGCUAAAUGUGAGUCACAAGGCAAUGCUUGUAUUUAUAGGUAUUUAACAGGAUACAUGAUAUGCCAAGCAGGGUUGUGUACCAGCUGUAUACUUUAAUGUGAAAAAUUUGGUAAAUAAAUAUUUCAUACACUUUUA